CUCCUCAACAAAUGACAAACAUCUGAAUAACAUAGACCAUUAUGGUUGCUAUCGGCUAUGUUUCCAUCUACGGUAUUUUCCAGUCUCAAUAUGAUGAUAUCUAUGGCGCUCAAGGAGCAUCUACUUCUGAUGUCUCCCUUGUCGGAUCCUUGGCUGUUGGUUUCCAGUUUGGUUUCACUAUCAUCUCUGGUCCUCUUAUGAACCGCUUUGGAUACAAGGUUGUCCUCUGGUCAGGUAGCAUCAUCGGCUCAUUAGGUUUGCUACUUGCUUCAUGGGGUAGUCAGCUUUGGCAUCUAUACCUGACUCAGGGUGCCAUGUUUGGCAUUGGUGUCUCACUCCUUAACCUUGCUGUGACAGCGAUCCUUCCUCUGUGGUAUGAUAAAUAUCGAUCGUUUGCUAUGGGUAUAUGCUUCUGUGGUGCUGGUAUUGGUGGCCUUGUCUUCGGCUUCAUUAUCCCUGCAUUGAUCAAUGCUGUCGGACUCCGCUGGGCCCUUCGUAUCUUUGCAAUCCUUCAUUUCGUCUGUACAGCAUUUGCUUCGAUUGUGAUACGAGCACCUCGUCAGCUCUCAGGCUCACGCAUUAUCGUUCCCAAGGAGGUACUCAACCUUCAAAUCCUCAAGGACCCGGGGUUCAUAUUCCUGCUUAUUAGUGCUGCCUUCUUCGGCUUCGCAUACAUGGUUCCUUUCACUUAUAUCCCCUCAUAUACUAAAGAUGUUGUUGGCCUUGAUCCCAAUAUCCAAGGUGGCCAUUUGAUAUCUAUAAUGUCAGCCGCUAAUGCGGUAGGCCUUAUCACGAUUGGUUUUGCUGCUGAUUGCCUAGGGGUCAUCCGUGUGACUACGUUUAUUUUAAUGGCAGCUGGAGCGUCUUGUUUCCUUUGGAUGGCCUCAUAUUCGUAUAGUGCUCUUGUUUGGUUUUCAAUCAUGUACGGUUUCUUCUCCGGUGGAUUCUUCAUCUUGGUGGCAGCGAUUAUAGCCAAUACCAUAGGACUGGCUAACUUGGGGUCCGGAUUGACAAUUAUCUUCUUGGUGAAUACGCCCGGCAAUAUACUUACUCUUCCUAUUGCUGGCAAUAUGUUGGGAUCUACUGGCGGCUACAAGGGAAUGAUUGGAUACAAUGCAGCCAUGUACUUUGGAUCGGCUCUAUUCCUAUGCAUCUUGAUGUUUUAUAACCAUUAUACCAGAAGGGUCGACUCUGUUUAA